AUGCUCCGCGGCAGCAGACUGCCAGCGUCACUGUCACACACAACAUGUAGAGCCUACUCAGCGACCACAGGUACACGAAAGGUGCGCGUUCUAUCCAACGGCUCGGUCGAGACGUUUCGGCGCGAUGCCUUCCAGCCAGCAGUGCCCGCGGUGCUGCCCAGCAAGCAUUUCGCAGCCAUGCCGGCCAUACACAAAUGGUUCCUGAAGUCGGCCGACAACGAGAGCAUCGCCCUCAACGCGUCCUACCUCGCCAAGUUCGGCGCUACGAUAGUCCCCCUGGAGAUCAGCAACUACGACAGCUUCUCUCGCAUUGAGCAGUCUCUGAGCUUCUUCCUAGAUGCCUCUACCAUGACCACGCCGACUGCUCGAAUCUAUUUGGCCCAGGCCCCUCUGAUGGACUUGCCACGCAGCCUAGUAAACGAUGUACCGACGCCGGACCUAGUAUGUCUCGCAGGGAAGGGUGACUUGUACGACUCUUCGAUCUGGCUGGGACAAGCACCAACAUACACACCACUGCAUCGAGACCCUAAUCCCAACCUAUUCGUCCAACUUGCGGGAACCAAAAUCGUCAGGCUAUAUAAGCCGAGCGAUGGCCUUGCUAUAUUUGCCAAAGUGCAAGAGAAUGUGGGCGGUACUGCGAGUGCGUCUAUGCGGGGAGAAGAGAUGAUGCAGGGUGCCGAGAAGAAGGCUCUGGAACGAGAAGUGUGGGAGCAGAAUGACUCGAGCGGCCCCUUGUGCUGGGAAGCAGAGCUCUCGAGUGGAGACGGCCUGUUCAUACCGAAAGGAUGGUGGCAUAGCAUCAAAGGCGUCGGUGGAGGCAUGACUGGAUCUGUCAAUUGGUGGUUCCGAUGA